AUGUUCGCGACACGGAGAGCCACGCAAGCUGCCUUCGGCGCAUUGCAGUCGAGGUCCUUCUCCGCAACAGCCGCCAAUGCAACAAAGGUCGCCGUUCUAGGUGCUGCCGGUGGCAUUGGCCAGCCUCUCUCCCUUCUCCUCAAGCUCAACCCCAGAGUCAGCGAACUCGCGCUGUACGACAUCAAGGGCGCCCCGGGUGUCGCCGCCGACAUUUCGCACAUAAACACCAAGAGCAUUGUCAAAGGCUACGAGCCGGGAGCGGAGGGCAUUAAGGAAUGCUUGACAGGCGCUCAGAUCGUGCUCAUUCCGGCUGGCGUACCUCGCAAGCCCGGCAUGACUCGCGAUGACUUGUUCAACACCAACGCUUCUAUCGUACGCGACCUCGCCAAGGCCGCCGCCGAUGCCUGCCCAGACGCCAACAUGCUCAUCAUCUCAAACCCGGUCAACAGCACCGUCCCGAUCACUGCGGAAAUCUUCAAGAGCAAGGGUGUCUACAACCCCAAGCGCCUCUUCGGUGUGACCACCCUCGACGUCGUCCGCGCCAGCCGGUUCAUCAGCCAGCUCAAGAACACCGAUCCAGCAAACGAGAACAUUACUGUGGUUGGCGGUCACUCUGGCGCCACCAUUGUCCCGCUUCUCAGCCAGGCCGGCUACAGCCUCGAGGGCAGCGAGCGUGACGAAUACGUCAAGCGUGUGCAGUUCGGCGGUGAUGAGGUCGUGCAAGCCAAGGGCGGUGCUGGAUCAGCUACCCUCUCCAUGGCCAUGGCCGGUGCACGCUUCGCCGAGUCUCUGCUCAAGGCGGCCCAGGGCCAGAGUGGCGUCAUUGAGCCUACGUUCGUCGAUUCGCCAUUGUACAAGGAUCAAGGAGUCACCUACUUCGCCUCGAACGUCGAGCUUGGCCCGAAUGGCGUGGAGAAGAUCCACCCUGUUGGCAACCUCACGGACUACGAGCAGCAGCUUUUGGAUGUCUGCUUGAAGGAUCUCAAGGGCAACAUCGAGAAGGGCCAGAAGUGGGCACAGGAGAACCCAGGCAAUUAG